AUACUGUGGAUUGUGUGCACGAUUGUGCGAAUAAAAUUUUUGCUAUGACAAUACUUUAGAGUCAGAAAGAAAAUAUAUUUAAAUGUGUUGUUUAAAUAAAAAAUGGAUAUCGAAACUGAGAAUGUUAUAAACCUUAUAUUCCCGGAGGGUAUACGAGAAUCAUGGAAAGAAAACCCAGAGUUUUAUCAAUACUUGUCAAAGCUUGGUGGUUAUGAUGUUGAUCAACUCAGUAAAGAACCUGAUCAUCUGAAUGAUGAGAAAACAUCUGUAUUGCAAACUACUCAAGAACUAGUUUUUGCAAAUUAUAAAACAUUCGUUCAAACUGCAGAAAGUUCUAGGGAGAUAUUUAAACAAUUUAAUCAAACCGAAAAUCGGCUUGAUGGGCUUGUACAAAAGAUUCCCCAGUUUGUAGAGAAGUGCCAAUUGUUCUGUGAUGCUUCGAAAGAUAUAAAUGCGCAUAGGAGAGUAAAUAGUUUAACAUUAACAAGAAAUGCAGAAUUGUUAGAAGUACUUGAAAUGCCUCAGUUAAUGGAGUCUUGCUUAAGGAGUAAUCAGUAUAAUGAGGCAUUAGAAUUAUCCCAAUAUGCACAUCAAUUAGGAACUAAACAUGGAGAUAUUCCAAUUAUAUCGUCCAUAGUGGCAGAAAUUGAAAAUAGUUGGUCAGGUAUGGUAGGGCAAGUUGUUGGGUCAUUGAGAGGAGAUCUUCCACUUCCAAGAUGUUUACAGCUUGUUGGAUUAUUACGAUCAAUGGAUGCAUUUACUGAACCAGAAUUGCGUAUUAAGUUUCUUCAAGCACGUGAUAGUUGGCUUCAAAGUCUUUUAAGUGCUAUAUCCAAAGAUGAUCCUAAUCUUCAUAUUACGAAAACAAUUGAAUUAUCAAGGAUACAUUUGUUUAACAUAAUAACACAGUAUAGAGCCAUGUUUAAUGAUGAUGAGCUCAUAAUACCAGGAAGGGAUCCAACUGUAAAUGAGUGUGCGAUUUUUUAUCAUUGGCUUGAGGAAAAGAUAUCUCAAUUUUUAACGACUCUAGAACAAGAUUUACCUGGUGUAACAUCUAUAGAUUCUAUUUUAGAUCAAUGCACGUAUUUUGGUCUUUCAUUUGGUAGAGUAGGUGCUGAUUUUACGGGACGAAUGUCCGAUAUAUUUGUACGCGUAAUUGGUGAAAAAUUCGAGUCUAGUAUUCGCAAAACAACAAAGAAGUUUGAAAAAGACAUGGAAUCAUUUACAUUGAUUAAUAAAACCUACAGAACUAAUAUAAAAAUAAACACUACAAUUAAGUCUGAGUAUCCACCAGAACAAUUAGUGGAAUUUUAUCCUUUAGCUGAAUACUGUAAUGGUCUAAUAUCUGCUUUUAAUGAAAUACGACUUUGUCCACCAGUAGCACUUUCUGUUUUCUGUACACUCAUUUUACAAGAGUCUCUACACAGUGUAGCAAAAUCUAUAUUGAUUUUUUAUAAACAGGAGCAACAAGCUUUCGCAACUGCAGAAAGAGAAAACAUGCUUAAAUUCACGGAAUGUUUAAGUGAACAAUUGAUUCCUUAUGUACAGUACUGUAUUCACGUUAUUUUUCCACCAAGUCAAAUUGCGGUUCAUUUAGGCAUUUCAGAAAAUUUACUACAAACAGAGGGAAUAACAUAUUUAAAUAGAGAUAAUAUCUUAGAACCGUUGACCCUUCUAUUACCGAUUCCAAAAAAUGGAAAAGAUGCUAUCACUUCCCCAUUACCUACCUCUAAUAUACAAUCACAAAUAUUGCAAAAAACUUCUAAUGAAACUCCUUCAACAUCAGAAAAUACAGACGUAGACGUAACUGACGAACAAUUGGAAAAAAUGAAAAUGUCUGAAAUACACGAACCCGCAAAGCAAAUGAUUAUGUCUACUGAUUCGCAAAAAGCGACUGUGGUAUCGAAUCAAGAUAUUAAAGUUAUUGCAAAUAACUCAAACGAUGGUGUAAAUGAAAAUAGAUAACUGUAAAUUUCAAUCGAUUUCAUUAUGUGUCAUUAUAUAAAAAAAUAUUGUAAAUAAAAACAAUAGUUUUUUAAAUG